GAGAGCAAGAUGGGUCACCAGCAGCUGUACUGGAGCCACCCUCGAAAAUUCGGCCAGGGCUCUCGCUCUUGUCGAGUAUGUUCAAACCGGCACGGUUUGAUCCGGAAAUAUGGUCUCAAUAUGUGCCGCCAGUGUUUCCAUCAGUACGCGAAGGAUAUAGGUUUCAUUAAGUUGGACAAAAUGAUCUUCAAAGGAUUAUCCAAGACAUCUACCGUGAAAAACCAUGAUAGUUCUUUGCACAUAAAGUAA